GAACAGAAAAAACAGAUAGAUUCAAGAUUGGGCUCCAAUCAAAAAAGUGAAAAACCCGCAGCACGCCUGCACCAACAACAGCAACUUCUUCAUCACCCACUUUUCCCUUUACUGUCCAGAUCUGUUUCAGCUCCGAUUUGCUACAGCUUGGUUUUGAUCGGUGUGCACAGGACAAUCAGCAGUUGCCGCUGAUUCUCGAACUCAAAACUUCCAGCAACUUACCCUUGGUCCCAGACUUAAUCGCAGGUUGAAGAAAAAGUUGUGUGUAUCUCUUAACGCCAAUGGGGUUGUUUUAUCAUCCCCAUUAGCAAAUAUGAAUGACCUAGAUGAUAACAUCGAAUCCAUAAUGUCCAAAUCAUUGCCAGAACCUAAAAUAAAGAGGGUUGGAUCUCUAGUGUCCGAGUCGAACGCACAAGGAUCCGAGUCACAGUCAGCUAAGCCACUCAUGAACCCUGAUCUGGCUGCGGUCAAGCUGCAGAAAAUAUAUAGAGGUUUUAGAACCAGAAGAAACCUAGCUGACAGUGCAGUUAUGGUUGAGCAAGGGGUGAAGCUGCUGGAUUUUGAGCAGCUGAAAUCCAGCUCAUUAUCAUUCUUUGUGAAACCAGAAACGGCUGUUUCACGUGGAGCUGCAAAGGUGGGAAAAGGUUUGUCGAAAAAUGAAAAGGCUAGUAAACUUGCCUUACAACAUUGGCUUGAGGCAAUUGAUCCUAGACAUCGCUAUGGUCAUAAUCUUCACUAUUAUUAUACCAAAUGGCUUCUUUCUGAGAGUACACAACCCUUCUUCUAUUGGCUCGACGUAGGGGAAGGGAAAGAGGUGAAUCUUGAAAUAUGCCCAAGAACAAAGCUUCUUCAGCAAUGCAUCAUAUAUCUUGGCCCUAAAGAAAGGGAGGCAUAUGAAGUUAUAGUGGAAGACGGGAAGUUCAUGUACAAACUGAGUAAGACUGUGAUUGAUACAACAGGUGGACCAGAACACACCAAGUGGAUAUUUGUGCUUAGCCCAUCAAUGGUUUUAUAUAUCGGGCAGAAACAAAAAGGUAGAUUUGUACAUUCAAGCUUUCUAGCCGGUGGAGCUACAAUAUCUGCCGGUCGAUUGGUGAUUAGAGACGGUAUUUUAGAGGCUGUUUGGCCUAAUAGCGGACAUUACCUCCCGACGGAAGAAAACUUUGAUGCUUUCAUGUCGUUCCUUGAGCAACACCAUAUCGAUCUCCAUGCUGUCAAGAGAUACACUCUUGAAGAGAUAUUAUCCGCCACCAACAACUUCUCUCAUGAAAAUCUGAUAAUGGAAGGCCCAUUAGGAAAGGUGUACCUUUCACAUGUUAAGAAUUUGGUCAUACAAAGGUUAGAUUUUAAGCAUGGGCAAGGAGACGAGCUACAAACAGAGAUUUCAACAAUUAAGAGUCUCAAUCAUAAAAAUAUCGCCUCUAUUUCCGGGUAUUGUGAUGAGAAUGAUGAAAAGAUCAUCAUUCACAAAGCAUUUCACGGAACUCUUUGUCAACGUCUAAGUGAUCCAACUCUCACAUGGUCCCAAAGACUUCAAAUAUGUUUAGGUGUUGCUCGUGGGUUGAAUUACAUCCAUUAUGAUGUCAUACAUUGUGACAUCAAUAGCUCUAAAAUUAUUUUAGAUCAUAAUUGGGAACCCAAGAUAUAUGGUUUCGAACUUUCCACAACAUAUCCUCGAAGUUUGAGGCAUCGUCUUCUCUUCUCUCGCUACUUUGACACCAACAAUUUGACGCCCAAAUAUGAUGUCUACUCUUUUGGUGUAUUAUUGCUUGAAGUUCUUUGUGGGAGGAAACGAGUGUUCACAAACGACGUUGUUGAGGAAGAACUAGAAGAGAUCAUUGACCCUAAUUUAAGGAAACAAAUGGAUACACAAACGAUGGUACUUUUCACAAACAUAGCUUAUAAAUGCUUGAAGCAACAGUAUGUGCAACGCCCAACUAUGGAUCAAAUUGUCAAAGAACUUGAGGAGGUGUUGCAACUUCAAUGGGAACUUCAAUGGGAACAUGCUGAUAUGAAAGAACAUUUAGUAACCAAAGCUGCAGAUGAAGGUAUAUUAUCCGACAUCUUGAAGAUCCCACUAAGAGACAUAAGGCAGGCCACAAAUGGUUUCAAUAAAGCAUGUUUUGUUGGGUCUGGAGGAUAUGCUGAUGUGUACAGAGCAAAACUUGACUUUUUAAAUAUCGAAGCUUUGUCGUCGAUGGAUGAGAAGAGUAAAGAUGAACUGCCCAAGAUAAGCAAAACUGUAGCUAUAAAACGCAUUUCUAGUAGAGUAGAUGAGCAAGGUAAACAAACCUUUUUAACGGAACUUAAACUGCUUUCUCGUUGUAAGCAUCCAAAUAUAGUCUCUCUUCUCGGCUUUUCUAGAGAGUCUGGUGAAAUGAUUCUUGUUUACGAGUACGCUUUUAAAGGCAGUCUUGGUGAUUAUCUAGUAAGCAGUGAUAAAACCAGUGUUGUUCUUCCUUGGGCGCAAAGAAUACAAAUUUGCCUUGAUAUUGCGCAUGGAAUUAGUUACCUUCACACUGACAUGGAGGGAAAACCAAGGAUAAUACAUCGAGAUAUAAAGAGUGAUAACAUUUUAUUAGAUGAAAAUAUGAACGCGAAGCUUGCUGACUUUGGGCUCUCCAAAUUGCAUCCUACAAAUCAACAACCUAGCACUAUCUAUUCAAAGAAUAUUGCAGGGACAACAUUAUACAUGGACCCAGAAUAUACAACUACCGGUAAGUACAAAAGGGAAUCGGAUAUUUAUUCCUUUGGAGUAGUUUUAUUUGAGGUCCUAUCUGGGAAAGUGGCGUAUGAUUCAACUUACACCGAUGAAGAUGACUUGGGACUUGCACCCAUUGCAAGGAGACGAUUCAACGAGGGGACAAUAAAGGAAUUGAUUGAUCCUAAAUUAAUUGAAGAUGACGAUGAUCACAUUUUUACUUUAAAUAAAGGACCCAAUCAAGAUUCUUUCCAUGCAUUUUCGAAAAUCGCAUAUCAGUGUUUAGCAGAAACUCAAGCCAAACGUCCAGCAAUCAACGUCGUCAUUAAAGAACUUCAGAAUGCAUUAAAACUGCAAGGGACAACCGUGGUACUCUCAAGGUCUCGACUCAGUGAUAUAGUGUUGGCUACCGAGAACUUUGCUGAAAAAUACUGCAUCGGUUUAGACGCAAUUGGGACGGUGUACAAAGCUGAACUCGAUCAUUUUAACAACAAUAAUUUGUUGGCAGCAGAAGGGAAGAAUAACAGUGAGUCAUCCAAGAAACGCAUUACCGUAGCUAUAAAACGCAUCACCAGUAGAAAAGGCGGGCAAGGAAAACAAGAAUUCUAUGAAGAGAUUGAAAUGUGUACUAGUUAUCAACAUCCCAACAUAGUCCCUCUUAUUGGCUUUUGUAAUGAAGGGGAUGAAAUGAUCCUUGUCUAUGAGCAUGUUUCUGAGAGAAGCCUCAACGACUAUUUGAAAAGUGUUGAUAAAAUGGGUACUUUUACAUGGAUCCGCCGUCUACACAUGUGCCUUGAGAUUGCACGUGGACUUGAUCACCUUCACACAAAGAUGGUCAACCCACAAAGGAUAAUACACAUUGACAUAAAGAGUGGCAACAUUCUGUUAGACAAGAACUUGGGGCCGAAAAUUGCUUACUUUGUAAUCUCAAAGUUACGCCCUGCAACAAAUAUAGAAACAGCACUGGAAAGGAAUUCUGAUAUAUACUCGUUUGGAGUUGUGCUUUUUGAAAUCUUUUGUGGGAGGGUGGCAUAUGAUCCAGUUUACAUAGAAAAAAAUAACAAAGGGCUUGCACCCAUUGCAUGCCAAUGUUUCAAUGGUGGAACCAUAGAGAGUAUAAUGGAUCCGACGCUAAAAGAAGCCGCCGAUGAAGACAUUUCUACUUCAAAUAGAGGACCCAAUCAAGAUUCUUUAAACACAUUCUUAAAAAUUGCAUGUCAGUGUGUGGGAGAGGCUGCCAAGCGUCCUACUAUGGAUAUAGUGAUCAAGGAACUUGAGAGAGCAAUCAACUUUCAUGACCCCAAGCCCGUGGAAUAUAGUUGAUGUGAUAUGCGUGUAUCAUGUCACAUUUUUGGGAAGUUGGUGGUGAAUCCGGGUUGCAACAAAUGAUUCACUCUGCUCCAACUGGAUGAUGUGAUACGGGCUUAUAUGUAAAUAGUCGGGGAUAUCAGAAUUCAUAAGACUGGAAACAGUCACUACUGGCAAAAACACAAGGUUCUGCCAUGUAUUUAUACCAUAUACAUACCAAUACUAUAUUUAAGUAAUAAAAUAAACCAACCUAGUAAACUAA